CCGAUGAUUAAUUUACCUUGUAACGCGGCCUCGAUGUCACAGGUCGCGCCCUGUCAGAGCGUACAGACAAGUCAGUAUAAUUUUCCAACAUGCCAACAACGGCAAACCAGUACUCAGCAAAUGCAAACUGCUACGUGCGGUCCGUGCUCCGGAACUUCUCAAGGACCGUUCGCUCAAAUUUACAAGCCGGACACUUAUGUAGUAACGCAUCAAUGUGCACCGCAAUCAAUAACAAAUCCGUGCCAUCCCGUCUUCCAAAAUCCGUGUAACCCCCCGCCGAGUUAUCCCAGCUGCGGCCAGCUGCCGCAAAAUAUUUUGGAUCAGAUUCGUGCGUGUGCCGCGCCCAUUUUCAUUCUACCCGGUAAUUGUCAACAAUCGCCGGCGCCUCAGCAACAACAGCAACCGACUUUGCCGCAGGCGAUGGCGACGAGUUUCCCUCCUCCGACAGCGUAUCCACCGAGUGGAUUAACUUAUCCGGCUGCGUGUUAUCCGCCACCGCCGCCGCCACCGCCGCCGUUUUAUCCUUAUCCCGUACCCGUGCCAUUUUACGAUCCGUCUGUUCGCGCGCGAGAUAUCCCGCAGAAUUGCGGAUGCUGCGGGAGAAGGGACGUCGACCCGAUGCAGAUCAAAAGUGUCGCGCGAACCGUCGGUUGUCGUUACGAUCUCGAUCUCGACGAGCAUCAUUGCGUGCCCACCACCGACGAUACCAUCUGCGCGAAGAGAAGCUGUCCCUCCUCGCUGCAUCUUCAAGCAUUGGCAUCUCAAUUCCUCUCGAUGCAGGGUAUCAUCGCGUGCGCCGCCACGCGAUUGAUAUUACGCAAAGUGCCCGGCUCAAAUGUAACUACCACCAUGGAGGAUACGAUGGCGAAGGCACAGAAAGCUAUAAAUAUUCUAACGAAGGAUCAGCUGUUAUCGGAGUCGAGGAAUGCGCAGCAAGUUAAUGCGCUCAUCAACUUGCACAUGACGGCCAAUCCGCCGCCAAAUAUCAUUCCGAUCCUCACUCUGAUACAGUUGAAAAUGAAUCUGCUGAAGGCACAGGUCGACGGUCUCGUCAAUCAAAAGAUUAUGGAAACUCAAGGCGUGGGUGUGGAGGUGGAAACGGAUCUUAUAGAUCCCACGUUUCUCGCUCUAAAAUCCGAUGCCGAGUUGCGAGACUUCCUAUCGAUAUUGCGACAAAAGGAAUGCGAUGAACGGGUGAACGUGAAUUUCGCACCUUAUCGCUCGCAGCGUGCGAUCGCGGAGUCUCGGCUGAGCAAUAUUCAAAACAAGAUUCGUCAGAUAGAGGCCGAGUUCGACCGUAGACGAUGUGCGAUGUUCCCGGCGCCGACAUUGACAUCGUGCGUCGUGCAGGAAUUCUCCAAACCAUGUUACUCGGCGAGAUUCGCGGAUCCUAGAUUGUUCUACAGCACAAUACCGCCAGACAUACCCCGCUCGCCCGAUCCGUUCAUCUGCGUAAAACCGCGAAGUCCCAAGAGGCUGUUGUUGAAGCCGUGCGGGAAGAAGCCCGAAACUAAGUCGACGCAAGUCAGUGCCCCUGUUCCGACAACCAGCACUGGCAAUACGUCAAAGACGGACGACGCUGGUGUCGGAACCACGAAGGAACCUCCCGCGACAGCCGACCUUCAGCAAUCUUCCAGCACGGAGGAUUGCCGCUGCGACAGGACGACGUCGGACGAGAGCGUCGAUGAGGCUAAAAAAAAACUCCGAUCGAGGAUCGUUGAGAUAAACGCGAAUAGUGUCGAGAAACCGUCCUUGAUGAAACUAACGUCGAACGUCUGCAUGAGAUACGGAACGAAUGCGCGAAAAUGCGAUGGGAAAAACGACGUGGAGACUCCAUGCGAAGCGAAACGUUGGAUAGCCAAAGCGUAUAUCAAUGUCGCCGACGAUGAAUCGGGAAGGACUUUAACGGGAUCGAAGAGCGGCGACACGAUUACGCUCCGCCAGAAGAUCGAUGCAGAGGACGUUUGUGAAUCGCGAGAUGCGAUUGAGAUUCGAGACUUGGACCAAAUGGAUCGGCAGGAAUUUACAAGUUCGGCGGAUCUGCGACAGUUUGAAAAACAAGCAGAGACUGCGAUCGCAAUUUCGAGAAAGAAUGAGGCAAUUAAGGACAUUGAGACUAGGCGCUUGCAAGAUGUCUCGUCGCCGAAAGCUGAGCGGACGGAGAUGAAAACCAUAACUAUUGCAGAAGUCACGGACGAUGAGCCAAUUUCGAGUGCGAUCGAGAAAAUGGAGCGAAAAUUACCGAACGACUAUACUUCAUCGCUAGAAAUUACGUUAAAGUCGAAAAGAGACCGGCACGAGGAUGAUCAAAAAGAUAAAAACGACAAAAUCUUAUCCGCGAUUGAAACUAUGGAGCAGAGCGCAAAUCAAGUGCCAAUAAACAAAAGCAAGAAAAAAACGAGAUUUCAUAUUGUUUCGUUGCUGACGAAUAUCAUAUAUAAUAUCGAAAAUUCUAAAUAUCAAAGUAAUAAGAGAAUUAAUAAGAAAAUAGUAACAAAAGAGAUGAAUAUAACUAACGAUCCGGAUAUUGAAAAAUUGAAUAAAUACAAUUCGAUAGAAAAUCUAAGAAAUAUCAUCGCGCAUGAUAUUAUCGGAAAAAAUUAUUCACAAAACAUAUUUCUACGAAAACUUGAAGAUUUUUCAAAGCUUUGCGUCAAUCGUCAAUGCCAGACUGCAUCUAAGGAAAAGAAAACAUCUGCUUUUUUGUUAAAAGUAUAUCUCUUUCCUCCAUUCAAGAAUCUGCAUGAAUAUAUGGCAGAUAAUGAGAGAAACGGAAACGACGUAGGAGUUUAUCCAAGUCCGAUAACGAGAGCGGGAAUUACGGCUAGGAAACGUUUAUCCCACUGGAACGAUGUCGCAAAAAAUACCCCGGAAACUCGUUACAAGGAUAACGCGCGUUAUCCGCCUUCCAGUGUAGGAUGUGAAGAAAGUUUCGUUUCAGAAAUAUUUUCUGUUAUCGCCAAUCGCGUGAUUACAUUCAUCAAUAAAAUAAUUACAUUUAACGGAAAAUUGUCAUAUCCGAAUCGUAGCGUAAUAUUACGUAAAAGUUUAAACAUUGAUGCCUUGCGAAAAGACGUUCAGAAAUGCAGUCACUCCGAUGUAAUCUUAAAAGAUCACGAUUUACUCGGAAAUAUUUUGCAUCGUUCGCUUGACUCGAAUCGAGAAACACUUGGUACUAGUAAACGUGAUAUUCACGGCGCGAGUUUAUUACGGGUUUCUACGGUAGAAGAAUACAAUAGGAUACAUAAAAUAAGACAUUCGAUAAUUCAAGAUAAAGAAAACGGUGCGGAAUGUUUAUUGAUCGAUACAUCGAGUCGUGAUUGUAAUCUGACACAGAUACGUAAUUUGGGACGCCCUUACGAGAUCCAGAGAAGUCUCCUGAUACGAAGUCGAUUAAAAAAUCGUUCAAAUAGGCAAGAUCAUCCACAUCCUUUAUUGAUUUUGAAACGUACUGAGAAAAAUGUAUCUCAAAAAUUCCAUCAAGCGAGAUGUAACGAAGAUGUAGGAAUGAUUAAAGAAAGAAAAAUACACAAAUUGAGGAGUAGCGAGAAAUUCUGGGCGUUAUCGAAAGUUAUAAAAACGUGCGAUAAAGUAUCAGAAAUGAGGGAAUACGGUACUAAAUUCAAAGAAGUUUUACGCGAAUAUUCGCACGAUGAUAUUAUAAAUGAUAACGCAUUUACCGUGCAAAAACAUGCAAUUGUCGAUAAUAUCGCAGCUGAUGAUGAACUCGUGAUAAACGUUCACGAUUAUUCCGGAUUUCAAACUGAAAUAAAUACGAAUACGUAUAAAAAUCGUAGCUUAUGUUUAUUAUUAUCUAGCAACUGA